AUGGACCAGAAAAACCAGGAAACACCAGAUUAUCAACAACAACACCAGCAGCAACGCCAGCAGCAACACCAGCAGCAACACCAGCAGCGUAGAAAAGCCGAAGAACGAGUGACACCAGAGACCAGACAAAGACUAACAAAGCAACUGUCAAAGAUGGAGACCAAAGAAGCAGCUACCAGACAUAAUAAACCAAAGAAGUAG